UGGAUGAAAAUGGUAGUUACCAAAGAAUUCAGAAAUAAAUUCCCCCAGAGAGAAUGAGAAAAGAAGUCGCAUUAGUGUGGCAUGAUGGAGAAACAUGAAACCCAGAAAAAAGCCAGAGUCCUCUGCCUCCACGGGUUCAGGACCAGCGGUGAAAUCCUCAACAAACUUGUUUCACGAUGGCCCCAAUCUGUAACACAAAAGCUGGACCUCGUUUUCCUCGAUGCAAAGUUCCCAGCACAAGGAAAAUCAGAUGUUGAAGCCAUUUUUGAUCCUCCUUACUUUGAAUGGUUCCAAGCCAACCAGGAUUUCUCGGAGUACAUGAACUUCGAAGAAUGCUUAGCAUACGUUGAAGAUUUCAUGGUGGAAAAUGGUCCUUUUGAUGGCUUACUUGGAUUCUCUCAGGGCGCAAUUUUGGCGGCAGCAUUGCCUGGAAUGCAGGCUCAGGGUGUAGCACUUGGGAAGGUAAAGAACAAGAUCAAGUUUUUGAUUUUGAUAUCAGGAGCCAAGUUUGGUGGAAACAAGUUUGGAGCUCCUAAACUAGCUUCUAAUGCAUUCUCAAAACCAAUUGAUAUACCCUCUAUCCACUUUAUAGGGGAAACGGAUUUCAUGAAGCAGGAGAGCAUUGAAUUGGGGGAAGCAUUCUUGGAUCCUGUUGUGAUUCAUCACCCAAGAGGCCACACUGUUCCCAGACUUGAUGAUAAGAGUGUUGAAACUGUGCUCGGUUUCAUUGAGAAGAUUAAUUAAGCAAGCAAGAGACUCUUAUGAUGAUGAUGAUGUGAGAUGCAUUUUUAUCAUCAUCAUGUAAGUUGAACAAUGCAUCAGCCAUCAUGGGUCAUAGCACUUUCUCUUUUCUAUUUUAUAUGGUGUAAGAUUGUUUAGAAAAUGACACGAAAGAAAGAGGGGUAGGUUUAUGCUAUUAAUGACUUAAUCAAAGAUGUUAUCGGCUGUUGUUAUGGAGAAUGUGAUUCAUAUGAUGUACUUAAUA